AUGACGCAGGAAAAGCUCGUGAUCUCUCCUACCUUAUCGUUCAACGGCGCUUCAAUGAAACUCAGAGGUGUAAUCUACGGUGGACAGAAUCACUUCACCUGCAGAGUUGUCGACGACGACGGCCACCUAUAUCGUCACGACGGCAUAGACAACGGAGAAGAAUGCGAGAAAGAAGCGGAGCUGACUAGGAUACUGCCAACAGAUCUAGGACUAUGGCGGUCGCGCGGCGGCAGCAUCAAGGUUGCAUCCUUCGUUAUAUAUGAGCUCGAGCGAAGUGUAUCAUGA